AUGGACGUGCAGAUGGGCGAGCCGCAGGCGGCCCCUCCUUCCGCCGCCGUAGAGGCGGCGCCGGCCCCCUCCACCCUCCACCAUCUGAAGGAGAUCGCCGCGGUGAUCGAGGCGGGGUCGCUCUCCAAGGAGGUCCGCCGGAUCUCCCGCGCCGUCCGCCUCACCGUCGCCCUGCGCCGCCGCCUCGCCGCCCGCGACGUCUCGGCCUUCCUCGCCUUCGCCCUCCCGGCCUCCAGCGACGCAUACGCCCGCCUCACUCCCCUCCUCCCCAAGGAAGAUGAAGCUGAGAUGGAUAUUGAUGCAGCAGCUCCAGCAACUCAGAUUUCUAUCAAGCAUGGCCUUCCUGAGAUUGAAAUAUAUUGUUCUUUGCUUGUUCUGAUUUUCCUCAUUGAUCAGAAGAAAUACGACGAGGCUAAAGCAUGCGCAACUGGAAGCAUUGCUCGUCUGAAGAACUUGAACAGGAGAACUGUUGAUGUUUUGGCUUCUAGACUAUACUUUUAUUAUUCAUAUGUGUAUGAACUUACAAAUACCCUUGCUGAAAUUCGUGGUAAUCUCCUUGGGUUACAUAGAAUGGCAACUUUACAUCACGAUGAGCUUGGUCAGGAAACCCUGCUCAACCUGCUUCUCCGCAAUUACCUCCACUAUAACUUGUAUGACCAGGCAGAGAAACUUAGGUCGAAGGCACCACGUUUUGAAGCCCAUUCCAACCAGCAAGUAAUUCGUUCUGCCGGUACCUCUUCUACUUGGGGAAAAUCAGAACAAUUCAGUUGGAGUACACUGAUGCUAAAGAAAGCCUCCUGCAAGCUGCUAGGAAGGCACCGGCUGCAGCUCGUGGUUUUAGGAUUCAGUGCAAUAAAUGGGCUAUCAUAG